AUGGAAUCACCGUCAUCUUCGACCCGGUUUACCCUUCUCCCUACUUCUUACCUGGCCUCACAACCGCCCUCAUCCGAAAUCACCUUACAAUCGUUAAUUGACACUUCUGAUCGUAUGGCGGAAGAGGCGAGAGAGGCUUUACCGUACAGUUUCGAUGAAUGUACUUUUGAUAAAGGUUAUUUGCGACAGAGUGUAUGGUCCUGCCUAGAUUGCGGAGAAAAAGGAGUCUGUUAUGGAUGUUCCAUCUCAUGUCAUGCCGAACAUCGCUUGGUCGAACUUUGGACUCGUCGAACAUUCAAAUGUGACUGUCCAACAAAGUCUACCCAGCCUGAACCCAAAAGUAAAUUUGAGUCCGGUCAUCCAGCCAAAAGAAGAAGAAGGUGUAAUUUAUAUCCGCCAGAAUCGCAACCACAAGAACCUAAUGAACGGAAUCAUUACACUCAAAACUUCAAAGGGAAAUUCUGUAGAUGUGAUAGAGAAUAUAAUGCUGAGACUGAAACUGAAGCUAUGAUCUGUUGUAUAGCAUGUGAAGAUUGGUUCCAUGAAUCGUGUCUCAGUUUACGACUACCCAGUAAUAUCUCUACCAGAAUAUCCGAUUUAGAAGGUAAUCCAUCUUCGAGUUCGGCUUCGGUGAUUCAAGAUGGAGUAGCUGCGGAAAUUGAUGAGGAAGGAGAUGACGGAGACGAUGAAGAUGAAGAAUCAUCUGUGUUGAUCAGAUCAGAUAGUUAUGAUGGUUUGAUUUGUUCAAAUUGCGUCAAGAGUAAUCAUUAUCUGAGUAGUCAAGCUGGGAAACAAGGUUGGAUGAUCAUCGAACCACAUUCUGAAGGUGGAUGGGAAGUGAUUGGACAAGAAUCAAAUGUCCCAGGUGCAGAUGUCACUGAGAUCGAGAAUACCAAGGAAGAUACUAAAGAAGACAAUAUGAAGAGGAAAGCUGAACGUGGAAAUGGAAUUGAAGCUGAACCUGAUCACAAGAAAGUCAAAAUUGAUAAUGGACUUUCCACACCGAUUACCGCUAGUACUGAGCGUGAAUCCACUUCUCACGAUGAUGAACGACCAGAUGAAAUCAAAAAUCACGAGACUCGCUGGAAAUGGAAAGGAACAGGCGAUAUCUUCUUAGCGAAUGGCGUAAGAGAGAAACUCAAGGAUCAACUCGAUCAAAAGACAAUUGCUUCUUUACCAUUCCCCCUUGAAGAUGAAGAGAUAUACGAACCUCCAAAAGAUGACGAUCAAGAAGAAACCAUAGAACAAGUCACUUCCAGAGUAAUGACUUCUUUGCCUAGAGUGCAGGCUAUAGAAGCUUUACAUGGCUAUCAGAAGUUGAAGGAUAGGCUUAACAGUAUGCUUCAAGAACACGUAGCUUCUGGGAAAACAGUUAGUAAAGAGGAUAUAGAAGGUUUAUUCGAACAAUUAAAGGGGAGAACGAAUUGA